AUGUUAUCAGAGGACAAAGAAGGAAAGUAUUUUGAAACAUUGUUAGUUCACUUAACGGAUUUAAACAUUGUAAGUACGUUCCAUAAUAAACAAUUAAAAUAUCCGUCCUAUGUGAAUAAGUUAAUCACAUUUUUGAAAGGAAAUGAAGAAGCAAAAAUAUUGCUAAAGCAGCUGGAUGCAAAAGGUUUCACACAAGUAAGAGCAGAUUACGACAGCAACGGUUGGUCGUGUAAUACAACACCUUUAAUAGAAUCAGCAUCGCUUGGUUACGUUGAAAUAGUUCGCUUUUUGAUUGAAACUGUUAACUGCAAAGUAGACAAUACAGACGCAAUAGGCAGGUCACCUUUACAUAAGGCGUCUGAGAGAGGUCAUGAACAUGUAGUGCAACUGUUACUAGAGAAAGGUGCUAGUGUUUUACUAAGGAACAAAUAUGGAGAAUCUCCAUUGUAUGUAGCCUGUAAAGGAAACCAUAGAGUAAUAAUUGAUAUGUUAUUGCUGAAAAAAGCUAAUGUUUUAGUGUGUACAUGCAGUGACAAAUCUCCACUGUACGCGGCAUGUGAAGGAGGUUAUUACGAUAUUGCAGAACUGUUAUUGAAUGAAAAUGCAGAUGUUAAUCAGUGUAACAAGGCUGCAGAGUCUCCUUUGUAUGUGGCGUGUGUAAGAGGAUAUACAGAUAUAGUAAAGCUGUUAUUGGAUAACAAUGCCGAUGUUUAUCAAUGUAAUAAAGAGCGAGAGUCUCCUUUGUAUGCGGCUUGCGAAGGAGGAAGUCAAGAUACUGUGAGACUGUUAUUGGAAAAUGGUGCAGAUAUCUUUAAGCGAAAUAUCCAUGGAGAGUCUGCAUUGUAUGUUGCCUGUUUGUUAGGAUAUACAGAUAUAGUUAAACUGUUAUUGCAUACAGAUAUAGAUAUCAAUCUGUGUAAUAACAAUAGAGAGUCUCCUUUGUAUAUGGCCUGCGUAAGAGGAUAUACAGAUAUAGUUGAACUGUUACUGCAUAAAAAUGCCAAUGUUCACCUGUGUGACUGUGCCGGAAUGUCUCCGUUGGAUGUGGCUAGGGCAGAAGGACAUGUAGAUAUAUAUAAACUGUUAGAGUUAAAGAGUUAAACAUUGUUAAAAGGGAGUUUCGGUUAAUAUGCAAAUUGAAAAACUGUUAAUUGCAUAUAAUGCCGAUGAUAGUAUGUGUAACACAAGAGACCAGGUACCAAUUGAUAUUGCCAAACAUUCAGAAUGUAAGGAAACAGUAAAUAUAUUUGAGGAAA